AUGAACUCCAACAAAAGAAGCAUCAUUUCUGAUAAAGAUUCUGAUUCGGAAAGCUUAAAUAGCCUUAAUAAGGAGGAUCGGGAAGAAUCAAUCAGCAAUGGAAACAAUGAAACCGAGGGUCAACAAACACUUGAAAAGAAUAAAAACUUCAAAAGUGUUGACCGCGAUGUUUCAGACAGUGAUGACGACUGUGAGAUCAAAGAUCAACGACUAAACAAAAAGAAGAAAAGCUACAAAUCAAAAAAGAGUAGUGUAAAUAAAAAGCAAGAGUGUGAAGAUUCCAGCAGCGAUGGGAGUAGUGAAAUUGAAAAUAAACGAAAAGUCGGGAAAUGUAAAGAAAAAAAAAGAGUCAAGAGUGGUGUAAGUUUUUAUAUUAAUACAUACGAAAAUAUCUACGUUUUGGCAAGUCGUUGUUGGCAUUACUAUUAUAUUAAAUAUGGUUACAACUCUGAUCUCGUUCCUACCGAUGGUCGAACAAAUUGA